AUGCAGGAGCACGAUGCUGGUGCCAAUGCAGGGCCCGCUGAGGCGAUGUCGGGCUCCAAGGAGUGGAUCGCAGAUCAGGAGACGUGGCGCAAGUGGCAUGCCGAAGAUCUUCCAACCAAGAUCUCUCACAUGUUUGCCACGCGCAAUGCAUGCAAAUGCGAUGCUACAGACCACCUUGUCGCAACCAGCUUUGAGAGCCGACGCCUCGAUUUCAUGUUUGAGAAAGACCACUUUAGCCUCUCGGCCGCAAUGAUGAAUACGACCGCUCCACCCGUGGAUCAACUCGACGAAAAGCACCAACGAUCCGAGUCGCCGUCACAGACCGCAAUUGAAAAUGACGAGGGACCUCUUCCACCCCUGGCACCCGCUACGACAACGGCAUCCUACGUCCCCCCGCCACUGCCACCAUGGCGUCGCAAAGCAAUCAUGCUCGCCCUUUGCCUAACACUUCUCCUCUCCGCUCUUGACAUCACGAUCAUCGCCACCGCCCUGCCAACGAUCGCAUCGACACUGCAUGCCUCGGCCGCUCAAUAUGCCUGGGUAGGUAGCUCUUACACGCUCUCGAGUACGGCCUCUACACCAGUAUGGGCUAAGAUGUCGGACAUUUUCGGGCGGAAGGGGACCAUCAUGGCUGCGGCGGCGACGUUCAUGGCAGGAAGUCUUGUUGCGGCCUUGGCUGGCUCGAUCUCUGUCUUGAUUGCCGGGAGGACGAUCCAAGGGCUAGGAGGUGGAGGCUCGCUGGUGCUUGUCACGAUUGUGAUUGGAGAUUUGUUCAAGUUGGAGGACAGGGCGAAGUAUUAUGGCAUGACGGGCAUCGUGUAUGGCAUCGCGAGCGCUGUCGGGCCAGUGCUGGGCGGAGUGUUUACUCAAACCAUUGGUUGGAGAUGGUGUUUCUACAUCAAUCUCCCUUUCGACGGAAUCGCCCUCAUCGUCCUCUUCUUCGUCCUCAAAGUUGAAACUCCGAAAGAACCUUUCAUGACCGGACUACGCGAACUCGACUGGACUGGCUUCGCUCUCAUCAUUGGUGGGACGAUCUGCUUUUUGUACGGCCUCGAGACAGGCGCGGGCGGGCUGCUGCCAUGGGACUCGGCGCAGGUAAUCUGCCUCAUCCUCUUUGGCGUAUUGAUCCUCGCCCUCUUCAUGGUUUGGGAAGCACGCUUUGCCUCGAGCCCAAUCAUCCCGUUCCGCAUCUUCCAAAAGAUCACCAAUGUCGCGGCUUUUACGUUCUCGUGCAUCCACAGCUUCGUCUUCAUCUCCUACGACUACUUCCUCCCGCUGUACUUCCAGGUCGUCCUGGGUUUCCCCCCAAUUAUUGCCGGUGUCUCGCUCUUUCCGCUCUUGAUCCCGCUCACCGUCAUGACGAUGCUCGGUGGCCUAUUCACACGAAAGACGGGCAACUAUGUGGUCCCCAUCUUUCUCGGCGCCACGCUCAUGACGCUCGGAAACGGACUCUUCAUCACCUUCGGCACGACCCCGGACUGGGCCAAGAUUGUCUGCUUCCAGAUCAUAACCGGCAUCGGCGCGGGUGUGCUCUUCCAGAGCCCGAUGAUCGCUAUCCAGACACACACUCACCAGAAAGACAUGGCGGCUGCCAUGUUGGCCUUCACGUUCUUCAGGUCGCUCUUCUCGUCCAUGUCGGUGGUCAUUGGGACGGUGCUGCUGCAGCGGAACUUGGGAGGAGGAGGGUUGACGGCGCUUCACUCGGAGGAAACAUCUGCGCCGACGGAAGGCACGGGGAAGGAAGAUUAUGUCGCUGCUUUGCAUAUCAUGUGGGCUUUCUUCACUGGUGUUGCUGGGUGCAUGAUCGUUGCUGCUUGUUUUAUCAAGCCGAAGCCGAAGAAGCCGCUAGUGGUGAAGGACGGUAUCAUCGCGGCCUUUGACAUCGAUCCCCGAUCUUUCUUGCCUGUCUGGGACGAAACAACGCCUGGAGUAAUCCGCAUCACAGUGCACCGCGACGUCGAAGGUCAACGAGAGCUCGUCGGCUUCAUCGUUCAUAAAGCCAAGACAGGAACAGUCGAGAUAGCCAACUUCAACGCCAACCUUUCUAUGAACAAUUUGAGUAUCGGCGGCUCAUCUAAGAGGAACAAUGAUAAGUUCGCUGGCGUUCACGGUGAAGGAUUCAAGGUUGCAGCCCUCGUCAUGGUCAGAUCUGGGAUCCCAGUGCGCAUCCAAUCCACAUCUGCAAACUGGAACUUCGGAUUUAACGGAGUCAACAAAGAUCGAUUCUAUUGCAAAAUUUCCAAGCCUAACACAUCGAAAGUCGAUUCUGAGACGGCCUCACUUACACAGCAGACAAUGUCAGGAACGCUGCGAUCCGAUCUGGUGUCGUACUCUUCCAGGGACGUGACAAUCCAGCUCUCCCAUCCAGCAACGGGCAGAGGCUACCGCAGGCCCAUCACCGCAGAAGAGUUCCGCAGUUGGACGACCGUCUCGAUUGACUUGAGCAACCCCGAUCCCGACAAAAUGAUCCGAACGCAGCACGGAGACCUAGUCCUUGAUGAGAGGUUUGCAGGACAAAUCUACUUGAAGGGAUUCGAAGUGAGCGCCCCUACUCUGGGUGGUAAAUCCUACAGGUUCUGCUACAACUUUGCGACUGGAAAGCUUGGCCGCGACCGGGAGAGAAUGACGUCUCACGACAAAGAGGCAGAAGCGCUGGCCAGUAUCUGGGAGACAGCGGUGGCAGGCGACCAGGGCAACCUCGUACAGCGUUACGUCGACCUUUUCAAUGAAGACUGUGUCGAUAUCAUCUCUGCUGAAAAGGCGUCCAGAAUCUUGGCCCGACGCAUCUGGACCUGGCUGAGAAGUAGUCAACCGGGCGCCUUUUAUUAUUCGGAAGCUUCUGAUUCUAGGCAUGACGGUGGUCAUCAGGUCGACAUCAUUCUGAGCGAUAUCAAGAAGCAGCCUCGAAAGCUGGCCAAAGAGCUGUGGCGACUUCUUGUAAAGUACGACUGUGCCCGAACCCCCCAGCAGGAACGAAUCCGUCUGUUCUCGGCAUCCCAGCCUGUUGAGAACAUGGAUGGCUACUUCGGUCUUAAUAUCUCCCGUACACUGAAGUCAGUUCUGGCAAUGGACACAGCACUUUCUGGAAUUCAGCUCCAAUUCGUACAAGGUGCUGAUACCACCAUCGACCUGCACUUCGACCCGAAACGUGGAGUGCUUCAGAUCAAUCAUAAAUGGCUCAAUUUCGAAGCCGUUCAUAUCGAAACUCCAUGCGAGUUCUUCGAGAUCGCGAAGCAUGAUGACGUUGGCGAGAUGUUCUAUUGCGACCAUGUGGUAGAAGAUUUGCUUGAGCUAGCAGUGAACCAUAUACGGGAAUAUGUCGACAUUUCCCCUUCCAAAGCCGUCGAGCUACGGCGCCGGACUCGGGAGUACAUUCGGCAGACCCCCAGAGGUGUCCAAGUUUCAACGACCUCCAAGGCUGGCGAGCUUCACGUCCACUGGCUCCGAAACAAAUACGAGCUGGUGUCCAGAAGCUACCUCGAGAAGAACGUCUGCAACGUCACACUCCAUAGUCUCAGUACUUGUGAGACAAGACGUGAAGACCUCAUAAUGGACACGGUCCCGCUGUCGCAAAGUUGCGCCCUCUUUGCAAAUCUCGACCCAAAUGAGGACUACUUUCCGGUAGUUUGGCGUGAAGGAGAGACGGCGUUCACAGCGUUUCCUCCUCAAUGUUCCGUGAGCGUGGAGACGGAGUCUGACAUUGAUGUAUUGAUGGAAACGGACUCUGCAUACAACUAUGAAUCGUCAGGGGUAGAGAUUUACUCAGAACGAGACGUUUACUCAGAGCGAGGCAUUUACUCUGCUACACCACAGGCUCGUGACGACCCGCCGGUGGAAGAUGGCUUGGAUAGAGAAGUGGACGCUCGUGAAGAGGCGAUCUCCGAGCUUAUCUGGCAGAAUGAAGACUUUCCUCAGCUUCGGUCAAUUGUUCUCACCCCACGAACAUUGUGCCACUGCGAGGGGAAUGACAUGGAUAUGUUUCUGGAAUCUAGUCUUUACGACAGUCGUCUGGGCGUUGAGUUCGAAAAAGACCGAUACUAUGAGAUCCGAGAUAGUUCUCAAUGCUAUCCCGAUUAUAUCGCUUGGGUUCACGACGUUCACCACGGGAGCGCAGGAUGUAUCCAAGAACGUCAUCUGAGCGUCACCAGGUUUUCGAUUCUUCGGCAAGAGCACCUUUUCCGGGGCGGAAGGAAACUGAACGAGAGCGCCGAGAUUGGUGAUUUGAUGCUGCACUUCUCGUCUGUACAACAUAUGGGAGAACAGAGCGACGCCGAGGUUGUCAUGAUCAAGGACAUCACCUUUGCCAAGGCCCUCAGCACGAGAUUCAGAGUCAGGUAUCGCCCUGUUUCUCACACACAUCCAUGCGUCCCGGCCAACGUGGACGGAUCCUCGACGACAGAAGAAGGCGCCGAGAAGGAGUUGUCGUGCCGCUUUGCUAGGUCAGUGAGCGAUGAGACCGUCACGUUCACACCCAUCAUCCCGAAGCACCUAGCCCGAGAGGAACGGCCAGAGCGAAAAGGAUUCUCAAGAUUAUCCUCUGUUAGUGUCUUCGAUUUCACGCCGAACGUUUUUGGCCCCUUGGAAGGGUUUGCCGAGGCGGGAUUUAAUUCAUUCGCAGCUGUUGGAUUUGAUCCAGAGCACAGCAUCAGUUGGAAAGUGCGUACAGUGCGCUAUCCAAAUUGCCCUGUCUUUGAUGGUUCUCCUCAGCAGCUCUUCAAUGACUUGAGCUCGGGAACUCUGAAUACCCCCCACUUGCUGGCAGGGGACCCGAUCAAAGUUUCCUUAGUGGCAGGACGGAACGCUGACCAAUGCUCAAAGCCCAGGAUUGAACCCGAGCUGAAGGAGAGCUUUCUCGAUCCACUUGACAUCAUGGACUCCAUCACACAAUCAAACUUUGACCCGGACUUUAAGGUGCUUCAAAUGCCACCUGGGGUAUUUCACCCAAAUGUUGUCGAACGGUUCUCGUCCACAAUCUUCCAACUUCUCAAAAAGGGUGAGACCGUACGUGUCAACAUCUCAUCGCUGCAAAGUUUCGGCUGCGCCCGUCAGCGGUACCUGGUGAAUACCGUUGCCUCACGAUUUCCUGGCUUGGCCGUUGUACCCAUCAAGCUCGCAGCCCAUCGAACUGAGGAUGGCGAGUUCACGCUGAUAACUGAUCUUAUCAAAGACCUGAGCUUCCUCAACACGAGGCAGACGGGAUCUUCAGAUGGGUUGAGAGGUCAGUUCAUAUGCUCCCCGUCCGGGGGAUCGGGGAGAACGAACGUGUCACCAAGCUACAUCUACAACCACAACACCAUUAUCAGGCGUUCGGAGAUCGAAAACCUUCGCACAUUUCCGUCCUUCAAUCUCAGCCACUUAUCCCCCAAAGAUGCAGGCGAUUCUCAACGUCAGAACUGCUUGACCGUUCGCGAGAUCGCGAGAAUCCAAUAUUUCAAAGACGACUUUGUGUUCUACGGUUCACCUCUCAAGCAGUUUGAGGAUGUCAUAGGGGCCCAGCCUCCACCGGUGGCAAGAGCAAUUGCGAACUGCAUUUCAAAGUGCAUCAAGUCCGUUGUUGAGAGAUCUGGGGGUAGGGAUUACGGAAACAGGUUCGAGGAUAAUGAGAACGGAGACAGGUCCGAAGGGGAAAGGCAGAGCAAAAGGCGUAGAGAAGAAUGA